AUUGCUCCUAAGCAACGGAAGCAAAUUCAUAGAAUACAAUAACUCAGCAAUAUCGUUCAUGAGCGGUCGAAGAAUAUAUAUUUAUUGACGUUUGAUUAAAAUGCGAGCUUAGUCUUUGAUAUUCCAUUUUGCUUUCACCAGUAUCAUUGAUAAUUCAGCCACUAAUUGCUAAUUUAGUAAAGAGCAACAAAAAUGUCAUCGUCUGCUCUUGGCGCGCAAAAUUCUGUACUGCGAUGUGAUGCUUGCGACAUGGUCUUCAACACUCCAAGUCGUCUACAAUCUCACAAAACGAAAUAUUGUAUAGGAGAUGGUUCUAAGUCAAAGCAACAGUUGCCAAAUAUAUUUCAAGAAACUUAUCCCAUACCCAUAUUACAUCCAUCGAAAUCUAAAGAUAAUUUUAAAGAAUGGCUAUACAUAAAGAAGGCCGCAGAUCAAAAGCUAAUGCAGCUAAGAGAAGAUAGAAUGAAAGGUUUAAGGAAAGCUAAACAGAUGAGUGAGCCUAGUACUCCUAUAGAAAAUCUUUGGGAUCGAAGGGCAACAGAAUUGGAUAGAUUGAGCAGAGCAAGAAGAAAUUCAGUAUCAAGCAAAUCAACAAUUAGUAUCAAUUUACCUAUGGAUAGUAGUGAUGAGGAUCCUACCCCGGAGCCUCAAGACGGACCCCUCAGUUAUAAGCCCUCCAAAAGACUUCAGCAUGAGCAUCAGAAAGCUCGACGAACAAGAUACUUAGAAACAGAAAAGCUAAGAAAACAAAAGACCAAUUUAGAGCAACAAAUUCAACUUCUUGAAGAGAAAGGUGAUCCAGCUGAUGAGUGGAUUCAAAAGCUGCAAGAAAAUCAGAGAUUUAACGAAAAAAUGCUAGAAGAUUUAAGAGAUAAGCAGACUGAUAGACAAAAUAACAAUGAACUUAUGAGAGAAGUUCAGCAAAUGAGACAGUCAUAUCUACGCCGGGGCGGCAAUGAUCGUAAGAUUUUAGAACAAAUGGCAAUUAUGGAAAGUGAAGCUCUGGAAAGAAUUAAAAAAACUGAUAAAGGAAAUGCUGCAAUAGAAGCUCAAACUACAGCUUUACAAGAAGAAAAUAAGCGAUUACAAGAACAAUUAGCUGCCCUCGUGAAUUCUAAUAACAAAAAGUUGCAAUAUAUGGAUGAUGAUAUUGAUAACAAAGAUUGGUUGAGAAAUGAAAUAGAGAGAGGUCAGGGAAAGCAAAAAAACCAGUUAGAGAUCUUACAAAAGCAAAUUGAUCAACUACAAUAUGACCUUGAAAGAGAAAGGCAAAAGAGAAGAGAGCACACUCAUAUAAGAGAAUUUAAUAAUAUUCCUCCAAAGCCAGUUGAUCUACCUAUUGAGUCACAUCGCUAUACUAGUCACAAUGUUCCUGAUUUACAGCCAUCUCUUUAUGAUCCUAACUCUGGUUUUACAAUUUUUUAUGAUUUUAUAAGUGGCCUUCCAUCUAUCGUCGUUCAAGUUCGAUUGCUAUCUGCAUUAUAUCUAACACAGCAUUUAUAUAGUACUCCUACUACACUUCCCUUAAUUCCGGCAGGAUUCGAUCGAAUAGCAAAUGUUGCCUUGAUAGCUGCUACUCAGCCUGUGCCAAAUUGUAAGGCUUCAACGGAUUUAUCGUUAAUUGUCGAGGUUCAAGUAUCUGAAGGCGGGGGUGGUCUAGUAAAUCGAGCCUGGUGCAAAGUAUUAUUAUUUGAUAGUAGCCAGAGGCUGCAGAGUGGUCGCUGGAAAGUCCCUCUUAGAAUAGUACCUGUUAGACAGGAGUUAGCUUCAAGAGAUAUCAAUUACAUAUCGCAAUAUGGAGCUGCCGAGCUGUAUUUUAGAUUAGUAAACCAUAGAGAUGUGGAAAAUCAAAUGAAACGCAUUGUUGACACUCAUGAGUCUUUCUCAUACAAUUUUAUGCCUCCGCCAUCUUCACCUCAGUGGACAGCUCCUUCGAUAACAAUUCCACCACCUCCUCCUUCUGAUCCACCACCUGAAAGUCCUAUUUUGGAACCUCAAAGAUCAAUCCGCCCUUUUUCGCAUCAGUACAGAGCAAAUGACUAUGACAUAGACAAUCUCUCAUUGGGUUUACAAGUAAUUAGAUUAAAGUAUGCUGAACCUGGACCAACAAAAAUUGAUUUUACGGCUUAUAAUGCAACUACAGGAAAAGUUUUGAAAACUUUUACAAGACCAGUCCAGAGUUCAACAACAGUUCAGACAGAUUAUUAUAGAUAUUGCAUGCAUAUUUUUGGCAAAGAAGAAAUGUUGUUUGAAAAUUUAUCUCUAAAAAAAGGCUGCAUUCUUGUUGUCAGAGUGUACCAAUCAACUAGGGCCGUACCCGAAAUUAGAGAUACAUUUGAAGAUUUUAAUGCAGAAUUGUAUGAUUUAGAAUUGAUCGCUUGGUCAUCAUUACCAUUGACAAUACCAGACACAAACGAACCCAAUAUUGGAUCGCAUACAUUACUUUUAUAUCAAUUACCCGUUGCAAAUAUUUCAAAUCUUCCCACUGAUUAUCAUUAUGCCCCUAAAAAUUGGAAGCGUUUUGGUAGAGCUGUUUUAAAGUUGCGAAUCUUUGUUAAUAAAUUAGAAGGAGAAAGUUCAGAUGAAUCGGAUGCUUAUAGUGAACCGGAGGAGCUACCAUCAACGACGUGGCUUCUGAAACAAAGGAUGGAGCCGAGUAUGCAGCCAUAUGAAGGAGAAGAUGGAUUCGAUAUCUAUAUUGAUGGUUGUAUGAAUCUUCCAGAAGUUUGCACAAUUACAAGAAUUGCUGGUAGAUUUCUUGACAGUACCUACAACAAGCAUUGCGCUGAUAUCAAUUGCUUAGGUCAACUAGAUAGUGAUGUCUGGAAUCCUAUAUAUGACCAUCGAAUGGAAGUUCGAGUACCAAAUUUACCACCAACCACAACUCUUCUUAUUAAGAUCUACACAAUUGAUAAAUUUACAAAAGAAAUGACUGUAGUUGGAUUUGCCACUUUAGCAAUGUUUGUUACCUCAGGAAGUGAGAUGCAACCUGUCGCUAAUAGCGGAGGUUAUCAAAUUUCUCUAAAUGCAGGAGCACAUCAAAGGAGAAUAUUUUUAGAUGGACCCAAAACAGAAAAAUUUUCUCAAGACUGUCUUAACUCGGGAAGAAUUGUCCCUUGUAGUUCAAUUUUAAUAAGAAUCGUUCCAGCUCCAAAAGGGCCAAACAAUAAGACUUUACAGAGAUCGGAAGUACCUGAAGAUCAUUGGCAACGUGUUGGUUUAGCAGAGUCAAGGCCUAAAUAUUCUCAACGGGUGUAUUUAUCAGAAUCAUGCUCUCCUACAAGAGGUGAAGCUUUACUUUUCCCUGGCAUGGUGAAGAGAACAAAAGUCUCAAUAAGGGAAACGGCAAGAAUUUUGCUCCAGGAAGUAGGAAAACAAAGGCUGAGUGAUCAUGAACUGCAGAAUAAAUUAAGGAAACUAUUUUUGAACUUAAUGGAUACCAUUCCAAAAACCUUAGAUAUCACAUAUGUAUCACAAUAUGAUCCCAAGAUAGGCCUUAGCUUUGCGGUUGAUGCUGCAAUGAAUAUUCCUUGGAAAAACUUUACUCACGUUCAAUUUUGCUUAAGCCCACCAGGAUCAUAUUAUAAAGGACUACAGGAAGUUAAUUUCGAUAGGCCACUGUUCACUGAAAACUUGGAUAUGGCAGGAUCUUCAAAUCAACCUGAUUGGCAUGAUGGCCUUCGGCAUUUUCCAAUGAGGCAUUAUAACCGUCAUCUAGUAAUGAUCAUCCAUCUUCAAGAAAUAUACAUUAGAACACUUAAAGAUAGGUAUAAAUAUGGUUUAAAUGAGCAAGCAUGGACAGUCCUACCAAUUUUUACUGACAAAUUUUGUUACACUGGAGCUUUUCAAUUACCUCUUUUUUAUGGACCACCGUCACUUGAAGCAUUGGCUCAAAUAGCUAAGCAACCAUAUGCAGAUUGGCUAAAACAAUCUCUAGAUUCCGAAAGUGUAAAGUAUCUAGAUAGAGCAUCUGUUUUUGUUCGGAUAUGUGAUGGAAGAAGAUUUGAAGAAGUUAGGGAACGGUCUACCAUUCAAAAUCUUUUAAAUUCAUCUAACGGGAUACAAUACGUAAAUACGUCUUUUAUACCUGAGAGUUCAGCCAACGAUUACUUAUCUACCACCCUAUUACCCUCUGGUUUACCAGUUGGAAAUGUAUAUUCUGAUCUAAUUCCAGCCGAAUUAACUUCUGAAAGGUGUAAGGAAAACUUAGCUGUAAACUUUCAAAAACUUUGCUACAAAAUAGAUAUUGAAUGAGAAAUUGCGUUUCAACUGCAAAAUUGAAUUUUAAGAAGGUUAUUUUAAAGGAUAAACCAAAAUAGAUUCUAUUUAUAUUCCACUGCCUAUUUUAUCGAUAAAGAAGAAUGUAUAACUGGCCAAUCAUUGAUUUUUGUUAGUAUCUACGAGGAAACGAUGAGCUUAAAGCUGAUAUGUAAUCUUUAUUUACGGAUUAUAUGUCAAUAUUAUUCAUAUUUUUAUGAUUGUCUAUAUCCAGAUGUUAUUAAAACUUUGUCAAGAUUUUCGAUUGUAAAUUAUUAAUAGUAUAUAACAUUCAUAAAUAUAUAAAAGAAUUUUAUUUAAAAAUCUAUUAUUUAACGAUUUAUUACGGGU